CAAUGGCAUUACUUUCGUGGCAUUUCCCGUAAAGACAAAACCGUCGUCGAAUCUAUCAUUCGCGACUCGCCCUCCCGCCAAAACACAGUAGCAGAGCGAAGCGGAACAAGCAAUGGCUGCCUCUUCCAAAACAAUAAUGGAUUUCCUCCAACCCGCCAAGCGCCUUAAACUCUCUUCCUCCUCUCCUUCCCCAACAGACCCCUUAAAUCUCUUAAACAAAUCACUCUCUGCAAAAUCAACCUCCACCGACCUCACUCCUGACCAAGUAUCCCGCAUCGAACUCAACAAACUACGCGCCAAAUCCAAACGCAACCUCAAACUAUGUUCUCAACUAGUCUCCAAUUCCAAAGGUUCCUCCGGGCAUGUGAAUUUAGAGGAACUGUUGGUGGAGGACACGUGGCGAGAGGUGCUGCCAGGGGAGUUGGAAAAGCCGUAUUUUAAGAAUCUGUGUAAAUUUGUGGAAAGUGAGAUUAGUAACGGGAUUGUAGCUAUAUACCCACCGCAGCACUUGAUUUUCAAUGCCUUGAAUUCGACACCUUUUAAUACGCUCAAGGCUGUUAUCAUCGGACAGGAUCCUUAUCAUGGCCCUGGUCAGGCAAUGGGGCUUUCUUUUUCUGUGCCUCAAGGGGUUAAGGCACCUUCUAGUCUUGUUAAUAUUUUCAAGGAACUUAAGCAGGAUCUGGGGUGUUCCAUUCCGUCUCAUGGGAAUCUUGAAAAAUGGGCUAUUCAGGGUGUUCUAUUGCUCAACACAGUUCUCACUGUUAGGAAUCACCAAGCGAAUUCUCAUUCAAAGAAAGGAUGGGAGCAUUUCACUGAUGCUGUUAUCAAAACAAUUUCACAGAAGAAGGAAGGAGUUGUUUUUCUUCUUUGGGGUAACUCAGCUCAGGAGAAAUCCAAGUUAAUUGACCAGACAAAGCAUCACAUUCUGAAGGCUGCACAUCCUUCUGGCUUGUCUGCAAACAGAGGCUUCUUUGGCUGCAGGCAUUUUUCUCGCACAAAUCAGCUUUUGGCGCAAAUGGGAAUUUCCCCAAUAGAAUGGCAACUUUGAAUCGAUGGAACAGUCACUGAUAUUGAUUUUGGAGCAGGGCUUUGUCAGUAUUUCUAGAAUCUUCAAGCAAGACAAGUUUUGGGGGCUCUAUUUAUGUAUAAAUUGUUGUCUGCCUUUCUGUGAAGAGACUUCCCUGUACGGUCCCAACCUUGGUUGUAUCCAAAAACUGCGCAGAUGACCAUUAUCCUGUCUUUUUUGGUGAUUUUCCUUCCAAAAAUCUAAUGCUAAAGGACCUGUUUUU